GUUGGAGCGAACGUGCCCCGGCAGAUUCUUCGGAGGCCGAGGCUCCCGGCAUUGUCACGCGCGAGCAAGGCCAUGCAGUUGGUGGUGUUGCGAGUCCCAUCCCACACCUCGGACGUCCAGACGCUCGACAACUGUCUCGAAUGCUAUGGCAUGGAUCUCCCGAUAGGAGGCCCCCUUUCGGGCAUAUACCGGGCAUCCGCCGAUGGCGUGGGAGGCGCACGUCCGAAGCCUUCUUGUCGCCGAGGGCCCAUGCUAUGUGAGACUGCCAGAAACUCGAUCCAUCGGGGAGCAACAGAGAGAGAGUAUGCUACCGCAGACUGCUUCGACGCUCAUGAGCGAUGGGACUGCCCUAGCAACACGCCAGUCCCCAUGUCCAAGGGCAGCCGCGAGGGGGCCGGGCUCUUUGUCGACGCCAGGCGACCUAGCAUGUGGACAGGAGACGGCCCCUGCGAAUCAAGUCCCUGACAUCCUGGACUCCCUCCGCAGAUGUGCAUGCCAGGUGGGCAUGAGCCUGGCACUCGAAAGUCCACCGGGGUCUCGGUCAUGUACCCUGACCGAAAUGAUGGCCAUGCGGAGUUGUCCCCACAUCGGAAGACGGGGGGUUGCUGCUUGCCUGCCUUCCCCGGCGACCCCGCCUCUCCGAUGGGACCGAAGAAAGGAUCACCAGGAGAGAGGGCGGCACUCAAAUAGCAUAAGGAGUCCCUCUCCCCCGCGCGACAAGCCCGCUUCAUGGGCACUCAUGCAUGGCCGCCCUCCCAUCCAGACUCACACAUACACACACUCUGCUUGUUCCCAUCUUGUAUUUCCCACUGUUGCAUGGGAGCCAUGCGACGUGCGCACGAAAGCGCCAAGAGAGCAGGGCACAUCGCAGUGCCUCGCCCCCGACAUGCCCAGGCAAGGAGGCAAGGGUGCCACUAGCCGGGGAGGGGCCUGACCAGGUGGCUCCACCACCGCGGCCAAGACCCCGCGCAGCCGGACGGUACAUGUUCAAACCCACGACCCGGGGGGGCCAAGCAGGGAAGCAACCCGCUGGGCACCUUAGAAGCCCUGCUCCUUGCGCAUGAGCAAGCGCAUCAUCGGCUGGUACUCGAAUCCCAGGCGGCCAAUGCAGGCGUAGAUGGGCGGCAGAGGAAUGUGCGCGGGGCGAAUGCAAACCGCGUGGUGAAUGCGGCGGCUCACACGAGUCAGGGUGCAAAACUUGCACGUAAGGAAGGCCGGCAUUGGGGGGACCCCGCCUGCGCGAAUGGUCAACGCGAUGUUGGUAUCCUCCACCAGACGUUCUUGAUGCAUCCGCCGGGCCCGAGCAUGCAUGAGGUAGAUGAACUGCCAAGUGGCAGGAGGGGGGCACAAAUGAAAGAUGUUUUUUUUUUCCAAACACCACACACGUCAGUAGGUUGCAAUGCCGAGGAGACCGGCACUGGCAUUCGGGGGCAAGGAGGCCCCACGUAC